CCCAGUUGAGAAGAUUUCUUCGGUACACCAACCCGCCCGGCCCGGAUGGCCCUCGGCCAUGGAGCUGGAGCGCCGACGCUACGGCCUCUUGGGGGAUUCUUCGCUCUACACCAAGCGAGGCAACAACAAGCGGACACACAUCAAGCCUGAUCUCCAGCUGCUGUUGCACGAGGAGAUCGAUGUCAUCGUAUGCCCUGGUGGUGGAGUGAAGGAGUUCAUUCUUCACCUUACGCAUCCGCGGAGCUAUGAAGUUCUUGGCAUCAGCUACUUCGGGAAUGAACACACUGGAGUGCCGAUGGACGAGCAGCACCACGGUCAGAUGUGGGCUCGGUGCUUCGAGCUGCUGAGGGAAAAGGCGGACUAUGUGGUCUUCUUCAUGGGAGGUUUCGCGGCCAAGUACGGCUACUUCCAGCCAUAUGAUGACAACAUGAGCAAGAUUAGGAACUGGGCAUACGAUCAAGGCUUUGAGGUGAGAACAGACUUUGACCAGGUCCAAUCCUGGCCGUUGUCGCACGACAACCUCCACUUUUCACGCGAAGUUCACGAAGAGCUCGUGUCCUACUGGGCGAGCCUCUUGCAGAGCCGUGUGAGGUCCAGACCCUCCAGGCCUUCCAGAUGCGCAUCCAUGCCGCCCGCCGCCAUGCGGGUUCCAUGCGAAGUGCGCCCCCUGCACCCGCCGGUGGCAGCGAAGCCCGCGCCGGUGCGCAUGGUGCCACCGGUGCGGCCGGUGGCGGCGGUGCCGCUGGUGCCACUGGAACCGUCGGCGACGGUUGAUCCGUCCCUGCCACUACCACCCUGGGAGCCGCAGCUACCCGUAGCCCAGCGGACUGCGGAAGCAUCUGUGACCCCUUACAAGCGCAACAAGAUCAGCCAGGCCUCCAGUAGCAACUUUUCGUCCAGCGACCAGGCCUUCAAUCCAGAACCACCUUGGGAGCAGAAGGCCUUCAAUCCAGAACCACCUUGGGAGCGGCAGGUGGGGAGAGAGUGAUAUCUACUUUUGGCAAAGGGGCCGUGCAAAAACAGGCCGGAUAUCGUAGAGUCAGUAUGUUCGUUCUGUUGCGGGUCCUAUCUUGAAGAGCGGCGUGAUUGGAACUGGCCAACGAAGAUGUAUCGUCAUCCGGAUAUACGCCCCUUGCUGCGGACCUCAGCAGAGGAACAUGCGGUAGAAGGCAUGUGAUUGGAUGGAAUGCGGGAGGUUGUACCGAAGGAAUGUGUUUUGGAUUUCUUUGAAGUGGGGAGACACACGCGGCAGGCACAUGCUUAGCGGAAGAAUCCACAAAGGAGGCAAAGGGUCAGAAACGCGGCAAAAAGUUGAUAUCGUAAUGGAGCAGGCGAAGACUGACACAAAAGCGGAGAGUGCUCGUGAACGGGAACCGUCAGAGAAAGGAGCAAGUCGAGGAGAAGGUCGGAUGUUGUCUAUAACGUUUGGGGAGCAUGAUUGGAAGACAUGUUUGGUAGGUGGCCGGGGCGUUAGACACUGUGGGAUUCGUAUAUGGCGGACACUCGCCUUCGAGGUUGCUUCCCUGAGGGCAGUAGAAGUCUAGUCCCAGAUCUCCGUGUGCCGGCCAAAAAACGCACAGGUUGGGCAACCGUCUCGACAAGCCGAUCUAACUGUGACACCACACCGAAAACCAUCUCGAUGAGCCGACAGGGCAGUGUCCUUUGGCGUGCUCCCCCGGCAGCGGGGUCGGCGGAUAUAUGGACCCCCCCCGCGAUCUCCCUGC